UUCAGAGAAUCGUUGAUCAGGCCGCUAAUAGAAACGCGUUAUAGUACACCACAUCUAUCUACAGCAUGCCUUUCCAAACCGACGGGAUUGCAAAGCAUGACGCGAAAUUCUGAUUCUGAUAUCAGCAGCAAGAAUCACGUUAUUGUAGUUACUCCUUAUACAUACCUAAAUCAAACGGACAAUUGGCCAUUUUAGCGGCCUGGCGCCCGGCUCAGAACCUCCCAAUGACUAGGCUGUCUAUAAAUCUAUUCUCGCAUAUUCGAAUUUCUCUCCAAGCAAUAUUUUAGCUCCGUCUUCUAAUCAUUGACCCGGCAUAAAAGCAGGAUAGGAUAAAACACAUUCGUAGGUACACAGGCUGCUCCGAGAGUGCAGCGGUCCCAAUGGUCAUUUUGCCUUUUUUGACCGCCCUUCAUCCGCCUUGCAUGGUGGGGUUGAGCCCCUCCAAAUUGAGGUACACAGUACAUCCCCUCGGGCACAUAUCGCUAACCUCUAAAUCCAUACAUUUCUGACUCACAGCAGCCGAGACGUCAAUCAUGGCGACUUCUCAGGUAGAAGGAGGCGACCUGACGUCUCAGAUCCUCCAUGCACUCGAUAAGACGGCGCCCCUCCUAUCUGCCGAAAGUUUCCCGGCUUCCAGCUUUACCGAUCUCAAAGCAGCGCUCGACAGAUUAUCUUCGCGGUCUAUGGUCGAGUAUGCGACAAUCCAGCGUGAUGAGGUCCUCCUAGAACCCGAAGGCGAAUCGAUUGUUGCAAAUGGAAGCCACGAGGCCCGUGUCUUCGAGGCGCUGCGGGCCGCCGUGGACGGGCUCACGAUUCAAGAGCUAGAAACGACCAUUGGUGACAAGAACAUCUCCAAACUCGGCCAGGGGAAGGCCUUCAGGGAGAAAUGGAUUGCCAAAACCGCAGACGGCAAGCUCAAGGCCGUAUCCGACUCUAUCCACGAUGCCACUAGGGAGCAGCUGCAAUCCAUCCAGACAAGCCGAACUGUCUCCGACCAGAAAGCUCUCGCUGACCUCAAAAAACGCAAGCUUGUCCGAGUCCAGAAGGUCAUCAGCUUCAAGAUGGACAAGGGACCAAAGUUUGCUCUUGAGAUGCCCGAAGAAGCCACUGACUUAACGGCUGAAAUGCUGGCGAACGGUACUUGGAAGACGGCUGCCUUCAAACCUUACAAUUUCGAGGCAUUAGGAGCCGACCAAGGAUCAGGUGCAUUGCACCCACUAAACAAAAUGCGCGCUGAGAUCAGGAAUAUUUUCUUUGAAAUCGGCUUUGAAGAGAUGCCUACAGACAACUUCGUUGAGUCUAGUUUCUGGAACUUUGACGCCCUUUAUGUACCGCAGCAACAUCCUGCCCGCGAUUUACAAGACACGUUCUAUACCUCCGAUCCAUUGGUCGCUGGCAAGCCAUCUGAUGACACAUACUGGGAGAACGUGAAAGCUGUACAUCAAGAUGGGAAGUAUGGUUCGAUUGGGUACCGGUACCCGUGGGCCGCGGACGAGGCUCAACGGUUAGUCUUACGGACUCACACAACUGCUGUGAGUGCCAGUAUGCUGUACCAUUUAGCAGCAAGGAAAGGACCUGAUGGCCGCCCUCCCCCUGCACGCUAUUUCUCGAUUGACCGUGUCUUUCGUAACGAAACUGUCGAUAAUACCCAUCUCGCCGAGUUCCACCAAGUGGAGGGUAUAAUUGCCGAUUAUGAUUUAACACUUGGCGGUCUUAUGGCGUUUAUGGACGUUUUCUUCGGCAAAAUGGGUAUCAAAGGCCUCCAAUAUAAGCCAGCAUACAAUCCCUAUACCGAGCCAAGCAUGGAGAUUUUCUCAUAUCAUGCUGGCCUUGGUAAGAUUGUUGAGAUAGGAAACAGUGGAAUGUUCCGACCUGAAAUGCUUGAGGCGAUGGGUUUGCCUAAGGAUAUGCGUGUUUAUGGUUGGGGAUUAUCACUAGAACGUCCCACUAUGAUCCGGUACGGUAUCAACAAUAUUCGCGAUCUGCUGGGUCACAGAGUGGAUUUGAAUCUUGUGCAGAAAAACCCAGCCGUACGGCUAGAUAAAGUCUGACCCUAAAAGCGUCCAUAUAUUGCAUGCAGAGUAAAGAAUAGACAAAUUUAACGUGGAAUGAUCACUCUAGCCAUUGGAACGUUUGAGCGUAUAUGGAUAGGAUGAUUCUAUAGUUUAUGUCUCGUUUGUUUCUGAGGUCAAACGCCUCUUACUCUUUCUCUCUCCUUUUCAGCCACCAGCCUAGGUAGACGCUAGCUAACAUUUAGUCCUUACAUGGCAAUGGUGCCUAGGCAGCACGGUCGAGCUCGACUGCCUGAUCGAAAGUAAUAUUUGAUAAUAUGGCAAAUUUAUUAUGCAAAUUAAGUGGGGCUGUGAAGAACUUACAUAGUAUGAAGGCAGGAAAUUGAGGCUCUGGGAGUCCGGUAACCCGCUUCAGUAAAACGCGCCUACAAAGAAUUUGA